AUUUUCUGGACGCUCGACGCGCUGCUGCUGCUGAGACAGACGCAGCCGCACGGCCGGCAACCACCUCACGCAGUCUGACCGCCGCGCACACAAAAAGGGCUGCCCGGGCAGCGAUGGCGGCCCAGCUCAGUGCGGCGGAGGCCGACAAAGAGAUCAGGGACUUAAUGAGAGCCCUCGAGGACCUGAAGACCCAGCCCCAGCCCUGCCUGCCCUGCUUCGAGCCGCCCGCAUUAGAUCUGAAGGACCUCGAGGACGGCUCGAGCUGCUUCGAACGCGACACAUAUACUAUUCGUCAUGCAGUGUUUGAUUGGACGGUCGACUUAGAAAAGAGGCGCAUCGAGGGCACGGUCACCUUGUCGGCGACGCGGUGUCAGACGCGGUCUCACCACGAACCGACGCAGCUGCGGCUCGACGCGCACCGCGCGAUGACGGUCGAGUCGAUCCGGUGGCGGCUCAUGAGCCUGGACUUCGAGAAGACGCGGUGGGGCGACGUCGGCGACGAGAUUGUCGUAGAGAUGCCCGACGACUUCCGGGAAGGCGACGUCACCAUCACCUACGGCACGACGGGCGGGCCCGCGUCGACGUGGCUCCGGCCGAAGCAGGGCGGCCCGGCCCUCUACGCGACGGGCCAGUGCUGCGCGAACCGGGCGCUCUUCCCCUGCUUCGACAUUCCCUCGCAGCGAUUCACCUGGGCCGCGUCCAUCCGAGUCAAGGACGAGUACAACGUAGUCGCCGCGGCCGAGAAGAAGGGCGAACGCGUCGAGGGCGGCUGGCGCGUCUGCAGGUUCGAGAUGGCCACGCCCGUGCCCUCGUACUUAGUCGCCGUGGCCAUUGGCGUUCUGGAGAAGAGGGACGUCGGGCCGCGGUCGACGCUCUACGCGCAUCCCUCGACGAUGGAAGCCGCGGAAGAGGAGCUCCGGGGCGUACCCGAAAAGUACCUCACGGCCGCCGAGACCAUGUUCGGGCCCUACGCCUGGGGCCGCUUCGACGUGGUCGUCAUGCCCCGGGCCUUCGCUCGCAGCAGCGUGGCGCACCCGAACCUCACGUUCCUGGCGCCCUCGGUGAUCGUCGGGGACGGCUCGCUCGCCUACACCGUGGCCCACGAGGUCGCCGCCACCUAUUUCGGGGCGCUGGUGACGAACGCGUCCUGGGCCGAGUGCUUCCUGAACGAAGGGCUCGCGACGUACGCCUCCCGGCGGCUGACGUACGAGGUCGACGGCGCCGCGCUCGCGGACCUCGAGGCGCGGGUCGGGAGGCGAUUGCUCGAGCACGAGAUCAACCUGGUGCAGUCCGAGGAGAGCGGCGGGCUGUUCUCGCGGCUCCGCGUGCCCAUCAACUACGGCGUCGACCCCGACGACACGAACACCGACGUGCCGUACGAGAAGGGCUUCGCCUUUUUGUGCGCCAUGCGCGACGCCGUCGUCGACUCCUUCCACCCCGUCCGGUACAGCGAGGACCAGAAGCGGGCGGCUUUGGAUCCGUUCCUCGAGUCCUACGUCCGGGCGUUCGCGAAGAAAUCCAUCUAUGCGGAGGACUUCGUCGGGCACUUCGUCAAGGUGCACAAACGGGCCGCGCUCCAGGUCGACUUCCCGCGGUGGCUCGACGGCGCGGGCGUGCCCCCGUACGAACCCGAGACGCCCGCCUGCGACGCGUCGAUCGCCGCCUGCGAGGCCGCGGUCGACCGCAUCCAGACCGACGGGAUGCGGGUCGGCCAGCUGUGGCGGACGUGGCCGACGCCGCAACGGGCCUACUUGCUGGAUCUGCUGUGCGGCACGCCGCCGGAGGACGACGCCGCGCCGCCCGCGCAGUUGUACGCGUUCUGCCGGGCGGCGGGCCUCUCCGAUUCGAGGAACGGCGAGCUCACGAUGCGCUGGGCGCUCUUGGUGUUGCGGGACCGCCUCGAACUGAAGGACGAGGACGUCGAGCGCCACUUGCAGCUGACCGCGAGGCAAAAAUUCGUGCUGCCGGUCUUCCGCGCCCUGGCGGCGCUCGAGCCGGAGCGCGCGGUGAACUGCCUGUUCAAGAUCGGGUUGGGGCUGGAGGACCGGCUCCGGCGGAAGCUCGACCGCGUCGUCGAGGCGGACCCCGACACGCUCGCGGACGCGAAGAAGAAGGGGGUCUUCGCGAAGCUCUGCGAGAUGCACGACAAGGGGUUGUUGUGAGUACUAGUAACUGUGUUUGGUCUUA